CUGAGUGCUGAUGUAGCAUUAUCUUGACGGUACCAUCAGUCACAUGGUAGGAGUGAACCGGGACAGACCCACCGGAAACACCAAGCAGUCUUGUGACAGGAGCUGGGCUGGGCUGUGUAUUUGCAGCUGAUCGCAGCCGAACCGAACCGAAUCUCUUCAACAUGGAGAUUUCAUUUGCAGGGAAACGGGCUGUGGUGACCGGAGCAGGAAAAGGUAUUGGGAGGGCCACAGCUCUGGCUCUGGCGCGCUGUGGGGCGCAGGUCACCGCUGUCACACGGACACAGGCGGACCUGGACAGUUUAGUGCAGGAGUGUACAUCCAUCAUCCCAGUGUGUGUGGAUCUGGCAGACUGGGCUGCCACAGAGGCUGCCCUCAGAGACGUCGGCCACAUCGAUCUGUUGGUGAACAAUGCUGCCUGUGCCAAGCUCCAGCCAUUUCUUGAGGUUACUUCUGACCAGUUUGAUCAAUCAUUUAAUCUGAAUGUGAAAGCUGUGCUCCAUGUGUCUCAGAUAGUAGCUGGUGGUAUGAAGGCCAGAGGAUCGGGUGGCUCCAUCGUCAAUGUGUCCAGCCAGGCUUCUCAGUGUGCUCUCAGGGACCAUGCUGUAUACUGUUCCACAAAAGGGGCUCUGGACAUGCUGACCAAAGUGAUGGCACUAGAACUCGGGCCUCAUCAGAUCCGUGUGAACAGUGUGAACCCUACAGUUGUUAUGACAGAGAUGGGUCGCCUGGGCUGGAGCGACCCAGAAAAAGCCAGGAGCAUGACAUCCCGCAUCCCCCUGGGGCGCUUUGCAGAGGUGGAGGACGUGGUCAACAGUAUCUUGUUCUUGCUGAGUGAUAAGAGCAACAUGACUAAUGGAGUAACCUUGCCAGUGGAUGGAGGCUUCCUCGCCUGCUAACCUCACAUAAGCUGUACCGAAACAUGAAGCCCACCUGGUCAGAGGAAAAGGAAGACCCUCCUACCUCAGUUCUCAGCAUUUUACCCUAACACAUUCAUAUUGUGGCCUAAAUAAACUAUCCAUCCUGACUGGAUGGGUUUAUUGUUUGAUGAA